AUGGAUCAGAAAUUAAUGAACGUCUUGACAAUAUUUUUGUUCUUAAUGUUGGCGUUUACAACUAAAAUUCAAUCCUCUGUCGUCUUUGACGUGACAAGUGCAAAAUAUGGGGGAAAGCCAAACUCAGACAUUACAAAGGCUUUGCUGAAUGCUUGGACUGAUGCAUGUGCAUCACGGAGGGAGAGUAAAGUUCUUGUUCCAAGAGGCACCUACAGAUUAAAAGGAGCAAUUUUCAGAGGUCAUUGCAAGGCUCCUAUUGAACUUCAGGUCCGAGGCACAUUGCAGGCUCCAAAACACACCAGCCAAGUCACAUCACCGGAUACUUGGGUUGGUUUUCGGUACCUUAAUAGGCUCACCUUGUCAGGUGGUGGAACUUUUGAUGGCCGUGGAGCACUCUCUUGGAAACAGAACGACUGUAACGAAAACAAAAACUGCAAAUCUCGGGUCGUGAACAUAAGGUUCGACUUCGUCAACGAUACAAUAAUUAAGGACAUAACUUCACUUGACAGCAAGAACUUUCACUUCAACGUUUUCGCCUGCCACAAUGUUACUUUCCAACAUGCAACCAUCACAGCACCCGGAGAGAGUGUUAACACAGACGGUAUCCACAUUGCACGUUCAACGAUGGUCACCGUCGCCAACACGAGCAUCGGAACUGGAGACGAUUGUAUUUCCAUCGGUGAUGGGACUUCACAACUUAAAUUUACCAACGUGACUUGCGGACCAGGCCAUGGCAUAAGCAUUGGAAGCCUCGGAGGGCAUCGCGAUGAACAACCUGUAACCGGCGUCAUAAUCAAGAACGUAACAUUCAAUAAUACGCAGAAUGGUGCAAGAAUCAAGACUUGGCCGGCCUCUUAUGCCGGGCUUGUGUCAGAUAUACACUAUGAGGAUAUUACCAUGGUUAAUGUCAGCAACCCGAUCAUUAUAGACCAAGAGUACUGCCCAUGGAAUUUGUGCAACAAGCAGAUUCCUUCAAAAGUUAAGAUCAGUAAUGUGAGCUUCAAGAACAUUAAAGGCACGUCCACAACUCCGCUUGCGGUAAAUUUUAUUUGUAGCAGGAGCGUGCCAUGCGAGAAUGUGGAGAUUGCCGGCAUUGAUCUCACGUAUACUGGACACAAAGGACUAACUAAUUCACAAUGUUCCAACGUCAAACUGGCGACGAUUGUUAACGUGACAAAGGCUCUUGCUUGUGGUAACCAUCCACCAAUAAUUACAUCAAAGAACCACACCAAGAGUCAUACUUCAACAAUUAGUCGAUCAAAGAAUUACCAGACCGAGACGAAAAACCAGACUGAUUCUGUUGUAGGGAAUGAGUCAACCAGAGGUCAUCAUCGUAAGUAUGGCAUGGUCUGA